UAAAACUAAUCUGCGGUCAAGUCCUGUCCUGUCGUUUCGCUUCGCGUUUGCGCUAUACGCAGCUAUACGGUAACGGUACUGAACGGUACUUGACGGCAGUACUUGAUAACGCUUCAAAAUUUAUAGGAUAAAGCAGUGAAAGCUGGCGGCGGCAUGGAAAAUUAAAUGUACCAUGUUGCGAUUUAAUUAUUUCUCUAGUUUGAAUAAAAAAUCAAUGUGAACGAUGAACAGUGUUUUCUAGCAGUUGAUAUAAAUAAGCCAGUAGUUGAAGUGCUAGGAGAAAGUUUAAUACGCCACGUGACUAUGUACAUGGGUUUUACACAAAGUUUUGAUCGCAUAGGUUAAGGUGAAGGCACUCUUUAGCCGCUUGGCGGGAGAUGAACUCUGCUUUUAAUUUUUUACAUUUUAUCCGUAUCUGAAAUGGAUUUCGAUCUGCCAUUCAAUUUUAUGCCAAUGUUUUCUAUUAUCCUGUUAAUAAUCGUCACUAUCGUCACGGUUUUUCAAAAACUAAAGUUCAGGUGGCCUGUGAAAGUGAACUGCUGGUUUUGCAAUAAUGACACCAAGAUUUGGCGACAACAACUUAACUGGUGGUUGUGUCCACAUUGUGAACAGUAUAAUGGUUUUUCUAAGAAUGACGAUUACACGUAUAGUAUACCAGAACAGUACAAAAUUCCUUCAAAUGAAAUUAAAAGAUACUGCAGGAACAGUAGGGAUACAAGCAUUAAUAAAAUUGCAAAGAAUGGCCUUUGCAAUCGAUGUACAUCAUGCGAAAGCUUAAAGAUAUCAAAAUUGUCCACUUUUACACCUGCCAAUGAAAAGAAUUACGAGCACGAGUUGAAACAAUUUAAAGAUAGUUUAGAGCAACGAUAUCCAUUAUGCGCAAAUUGUAAAAUUACUGUACAUAAUACAUUACACAAACAAGCAUUUUGGCUUGCCAAAUAUAAGAUGUCGCUGUUCAAGCAGAAACCAUUUCGCAUUAUUAAGAAUAAUGCAACAUAUACAGAAUCAAUAUUCAGAACAAUUUCAACAAUUUUGGAUUCUAUGGUUGCAUAUAACAUGGAUUUUGUAUUCUUGCCAAUCGGAGGACUGUUCUUUCAAUUCUGUGCUUGCUGGGUGGCUUCUACCAGAAAAAAAUUUUCCGAUAUAUUGCUGAUAUUUUUAUGGAUUUGUAUCAUUAUACUUUUACCAUUUAAAGACUCGAGAUUGAUUAAAACAGAUUUACGGAAUACAUGGUUCUCCCUUGAAUAUAUUACUCUCUACCACACAAUUAUGUUAUUUAUUUCAAUUAUAGGCUUCGUUAAUGUAAAGCCAAAAUCUCGUAAAAGCGCAUCAAGUAGAAAUAUGUCGUUUAAAAAGAUGGAAUCUUCUACUAAAGAUACAGUAUUAUCUGAUUCAUGUAUGACAACUAGGAGUGAUAAAUACGAUUUUAAUACUAAAAGUAUCUGUAGUUUAGGUGAAACAGUUACUAAUCAACUGCCAUCAAACGAAAUAAAUGACUGUAAGCUUCUUUGUAUGGAGAAACCAGCAACAACUCCUAAAUCUAUAGUAUUCCAAAGUCUACCUACAAAUCACGAAUCACAAUUAUCUACUUUUAUUAGCGAUAAAAGCGUACUUUGUAAGCCCAUAUCUUUGUAUAAAAAUGGUGUGCCAGAGAACAAUUCUUUGAACGACAGUUUGACUACAUUAAGCACAUUGUAUUUGAGCGAAGAUAAACCAAAGUACGCAACCAAAACGCCCAAGAUUUUUGAAAAAAAAGUGUACAAUACAACAAGUUCCGAGAUUUUUAAAAAAUUAAACAACACUUGUGGUAAAAGACUUAUUUUAUCACCACCUAAAUUGAAAUCAGUUACGCAAGCGUCAUGGGUAGCCGGUGGAUAUUGGCAUGACGGUAUCGAACCACCGUCAUUAUCCAGAUCAUCCAGUCAGAGUUCUGGCUUUGGUUCUACAGGUUCUAAUUUUGCUCCAUCCAGAGAGCCAUCGGUACACGAAUUUGAUCAAUGUUCAGUUAUAUCGGAUGGAACACAAUCCUAUUAUACUUCAAGACAAAGUAACGUUAGUCCUGUUGGAUCCUUCUGUCAACAAAACUUACAAUCCCCAUUUACAGAACUAAAAAAUCUCGUUAGUAAUCAAACAAUGAAAUUUCCAUCGCCUAAUCUCUGUACUCCUAAAACAUUACUACCGUCUCAGAAUCAUCAAAGUAACGGUUCACCUUUUAUGGAUCAGUGUUACCAAGGACAAAAUGUAAAUAUCAGCGAUAUUAAGAAUCCCUCUGAAAUGCAAAUGUUUCCUAGUCAUACCACUAUCGUAACGAGUCCUGUUUGGUUAUCGACACUUUUAUGUGGUUCGCUCAUAUUAAACAUAAUAGUACUGUGUACUACUUUAUUACGUUAAACAGGGUAUGAAUCAUGCUUGAUCUUUUUUUUGUUCAUCGUUUCACCUUUAGCUUAAGUUUGCCAUUUACCUAUACAUAUAUUAAUUAUUGAUUACCGAUUACAUUGAUUACUGUUUUAACAAAUAAUUAUUAACGAAAUAGAAUUUUUCGUCUUGAUUACGAACAGGUAUACUGCCGGUAUGAAGUUUUCCGUUAUCGUAUGUAAGUGACUGUUAAUACCUCUUGUUUGUUUGUUUGUUUUUUUUUCUUUUUUUUUUUAAGUAUAAAACAACACGAUUAAAUACUGCUGCCCUUCUUUGUAUGUAUUUUUAUUAUCGAUCGAGUUUAGACGAUAACCUGAAUAUUAAGUUAAAAGGAUAAUAACAGAAUGUUAGAUACUGGUAUGACAAAAGAUUCGAGUGACAUUCUAAACUGUCAAUCUUGUGAUAAAGAAAAUGUUCUUCAUGUGUGUUCAUUAGUGAAAUAUGUAUGUAGUCUAACAAACUUAAGGAUUAAGGAAACAAUGUGAAGUUACGUACACUUUAUAUAGAUAAUCGUUAUUUUUCUCGAUUUAA